AUGGGCAUUCGGCUUACGCCCACAUCUUCGCCAUGCUGGGAAUUCAGGGGUCUUGGCUGCGCGGAGGGUCUACGGAGCCAGAGGCGUGGCCGGAGACCUUCCCAACUGCUUAUUAAUCUGACACCUUCCAAUUUUAUGUCUCUCAAAAGUGGGACAGGAAACAUCCCCUUCACUUCUCUGUAGACCAAGUUUGGGAAGAAGUCCAAACUGACCCCUGGGCAGAGGACAGGGGUGACAGGUGAGGCCAGAGGCCUUGGGAGAACUAGGAAAGCGCUUCCUCUGCAGAACGUGCUGCGGGAAAGAGAAGUGCCAGGACCACCCAGCAGUCCUCCACCCGAGCUGAGCCUGCUUCUUUUAGGGCUGCUUGCCCUCUGAGGUUGUUUCAUCGUUUUAGGGACGAGGGUUCCUGGGCCCAUCAGCUUUGGGACCUGAGUUGGGACUUGAACCUGGACAUCAAGCAUUUAUGAAGUGAAUGAAGGAAUUCAGCAACAGAGCCUCAAUCAUGGGAAUGUAAGCUCUCUACAAAGGCAGAGGGAAGGCUAUCUUGCUCUCUGAUGUAUCCUCCAGCCCUUAGAACAGUCCGUGGUACUUAACAGGUUUUCAGUACAUCUGUGCCCGGCGACGGAAAGAAUGAAUGAAUACUGAGACCGAAGAUCGCGGCCGUAAGCCUCUGGGCACAUGUGCUCCGGGUUCUGGCGGAACGCUCAGGGAACUACAUUUCCCGUGAAGCUCUGGGCGCAGAGGGCCGCGGGGACUGCCGGGAAAGGCAUACGUCCUUAAUCCUGGUGCAGGGGGCGAGCAUGGCCGCUCCGCGAGUGAGCACCCCCCAGCUCUUGCCUGGUUUCCCGGGACACUAGGGUGGGGCCUGAGGAGUGGAGUGGCAGCUGACCCUGUCUGUGCCCCCAGUAUUCCCACUUUCCUGUGCGGUGCAGCAGUAUGCCUGGGGGAAGAUGGGUUCCAACAGCGAAGUGGCGCGGCUGUUAGCCAGCAGUGACCCACUGGCCCAGAUCGCAGAGGACAAGCCCUAUGCAGAGUUGUGGAUGGGGACUCACCCCCGAGGGGAUGCCAAGAUCCUUGACAACCGCAUCUCACAGAAGACCCUAAGCCAGUGGAUUGCUGAGAACCAGGACAGCUUGGGCUCAAAGGUCAAGGACACCUUUAAUGGCAACCUGCCCUUCCUCUUCAAAGUGCUCUCAGUUGAAACACCCCUGUCCAUCCAGGCACACCCUAACAAGGAGCUGGCAGAGAAGCUGCACCUCCAGGCUCCGCAGCACUACCCCGAUGCCAACCACAAGCCAGAGAUGGCCAUUGCCCUCACCCCCUUCCAGGGCUUGUGUGGCUUCCGGCCAGUUGAGGAGAUUGUAACCUUUCUGAAGAAGGUGCCUGAGUUUCAGUUCCUGAUUGGAGAUGAGGCAGCAACACACCUGAAGCAGACCAUGAGCCAUGACUCCCAGGCUGUGGCCUCCUCUCUGCAGAGCUGUUUCUCCCACCUGAUGAAGAGUGAGAAGAAGGUGGUGGUGGAACAGCUCAACCUGUUGGUGAAGCGGAUCUCCCAGCAAGUGGCUGCCGGAAACAACAUGGAGGACAUCUUUGGGGAGCUUUUACUGCAGCUGCACCAGCAGUACCCAGGUGAUAUCGGCUGCUUUGCCAUCUACUUCCUGAACCUGCUUACCCUGAAGCCUGGGGAGGCCAUGUUUCUGGAGGCCAACGUACCCCAUGCCUACCUGAAAGGAGACUGUGUGGAGUGCAUGGCGUGUUCAGACAACACAGUUCGUGCUGGCCUGACACCCAAGUUCAUCGAUGUGCCAACCCUGUGUGAAAUGCUCAGCUAUACCCCUAGCUCCAGCAAGGACAGGCUCUUUCUCCCAACACGGAGUCAGGAAGACCCUUACCUCUCAAUCUAUGACCCCCCUGUACCAGACUUCACCAUUAUGAAGACGGAGGUCCCUGGCUCUGUCACUGAAUACAAGGUCUUGGCACUGGACUCUGCCAGCAUCCUCCUGAUGGUACAGGGGACAGUGAUAGCCAGCACACCCACAACCCAGACACCAAUCCCUCUGCAACGUGGUGGCGUGCUCUUCAUUGGGGCCAAUGAGAGUGUCUCACUGAAGCUUACUGAGCCGAAGGACCUGCUGAUAUUCCGUGCCUGCUGUCUGCUAUAGAGGCCGCAGCCUCCCUAGCUCUCCUCUGCCAGCCACCCUAAAUUCCAGCCAGCCUCACCUCCUCAGGCCCAGCUCAAGCCCCCUUCCUUGCUCUGGACCCCUUAGGUAUACCCUGGAAGAGCUGGGGUGGAGGAGGAGGGAGCGUGAAGGUAGUGACUCCUGAACACACCCAGGUGGAACCAUCUUCUUUGGGGAGGAGAGGCCCGUGUGAGGGGUCUGAUACUCCCCUUGUCUUCCCUCUCUACUCCUCGCUACACCUGAGCCAGGCUCUUGCCAACUCUGUUCCAGCCUAUGGCUUUAGGCUAGCUGUUAAAUAUGUGACCCAGCAUUAGCUCAGCAUCUGUCAGAGCAAGAGGCCAGGUAAUUUCUAAGAACAGGGUUCUAGCACUGGGACUGCCCAUUUUGUCAGCUGCAGAGGAGGAAAGGGAAAGAGUAGGCCUGUGGACUAACUCUGUUUACACCCUCUUGUUCUGUCAAAGCAAUUAAAGGUCACUUGUGUUGAGGC